AUGUAGAGUAUAUUUAGUGUUUUAUUUAUUACAACUAUUUUAGUUGUAGGAAAAUGCUUAAAUUAAGUUUCAGAGAAGGAAAUGAUCAAAUUCUUAAUCGAUUAGAAAUUUAUUGGAACUUGGUAAUCGAGAAUAAAUUCCAUGGAUUAAUUCCAUUAUCUAGAUUAUUAAGAAGGAUAAGCGGAAGUAACAUUUGAUUUCAAUAAAAAUCUUUAAAUUUGUUUUCUGAAUCCAAAGUAUCAUGAAAAUAAACAAGUUUAUGCAACAUUUCGACUCUCAAAUUACACUAAUCUUACAAAGUAUUAAUAAAUUAUUUUUAUUUCUUAGAAGUUGGUCAGAUGAACAAAAUGUAAAUUUGCAAUUUGGAACAAUUUUCAAUCUCUAUAACUAUUAAUUUCCUUGCUAAGGAAAGUUUCUAGUAUAAGUCAUUUAAGAAAAUACAUUUUCCGAUAUAAAAAACACUUAAAUCAUAAUAUCUCUAUAAAGCAAAAAUAAUGAUGAAUUGAAUUUAUGUUAUUUCGAUAUGUCUCUUUCAGUUGCAUCAGGAUAAGAGUAAGAAUAUAGAAAUACUUUGACAUUUAUGAUAAUAUCAAUAGUUUUAUCACUAAUUUAAAUAGUAGCUACAACAAUAUUAGUAAAAGUUGAUGUGAUAGUUGGAUAGGAUGUAAGAUGCAAUUAUUAAUUCAUUCUAGAUAUCUUUUAUAGCUAAUCUAUUAAACUUUGUAUAUUAAAAUGAGAUUACUAUUUUGAUCUUAAUUUCUAUGACUAUGAAUGAAGUAAGGUUUUAUUAAAUUAACUAGAACUUACGUUCGUUUUAUAUAGCUCCGAUAAUAUUUUAAGUGGGAUCAACUUUAUAAUGUAUAUAUGCAACUUGGAAAGCUUGGAAAAUAAAUGUAAAAUUUUCAUUUCUACCUUCUUGUUAAGAUUUUUGGCACUUUAUAAGUUUUAUCUUGAUAAUAUGUAUAUAUAUCAUUAAUAAAAAGUUUUACUGAUUAAUUUGAGCAUAUAUUGUUAUGAAGAAUUUUUCUAUUUUUCGAUUUACGGAUCAGCAUUUAUGCUAUAUCCAAUUAUAAUUAGGAAUAUAAAAUUAAAUAUUAGAGAGAGAUUUAGUUUAAUUUAUAUUUUUGGACAUUUUUCAUCAAAGAUAUUUUAUUUUGUAUUUAUAUUAGAUUAAUAGUUAGUUUUAUAUGAGAGGUUGCUCAAGAAAUUUAAUGAGUUUUGAACCAAAAUACUUAAUGGUGGUAUUAUAUUUAAUGAUUUAUUUGACAUCAAUUGUUCUUUUAAUAAUUUAAAAAAGAUAUGGCUCAAGAUCUAUAAUAUGUAGGGAUUCUAGAAUAGUUCAGCCUAUAGAACAGAUAGAUGAUUAAAUUAUUUUUUAAGAGGAUGUAGAAGAAUAUUUAGAUGAUAAUUAUUUUAAAUAUGACGACAUAGUUAUAGAAGAUUUAGAAGCAUGUUCAAUUUGCCUCAAUCCUCUCAAAUCAAAUCAAAAUAUAAAUGAUUCAUUGUCAAACACUUUAAUAGAACAAAAACUUAUCUAAACUCCAUGUAAACACACAUUUCAUUUAAAAUGUAUGAAGCUCUACAUUUAAUCAAGAAUAAAUAUUUUAUAAAACAACUGCCCUAUUUGCAGAUAAUAGUUGCCAUAAUUUAAGUGAUUUUUGCAAUUACAUAUUUUUAAUUAACAAAUAAAA